AUGGCGAUGAAGUCUUACGCCCCGUCGGCCGUCGCGCGGGGGUUCGCGCUCGGCGUCUUAGGGGGGGGGCUCGGCGUCUUAGGCGCCGUCCGAGUGAUUAAAGAAAUCAUCGUCUUCGUCCGCGACGGUUUCUUCGCGGACGAAGAAUCCGCGACGACGGACGCGCGGUCGUCCGCCGGCACGCCGUCGACGCCGAGUUCCGUCGGGUCCGUCGAGAGCUCUCGCGACGACAUCGCGUCCAGCGCGUCGGACGUCGACGACGACUUCGCAUGCGACGCGAUGGAGGAGGCGUGGAGGACGACGACGACGACGACGAGGAAGAGACGACGACGACGACGACGACGACGACGACGCGACGCCGACGACGCCGACGCCGACGAAACGUUCGCGAAGAUUGCGUUUCGCGGUCUCCAGUGCGCGGCGUGGACGUUCGUUCUCGGCCCGGUCGUGCAAUCGGUGCUGACCGAGCCGCCGGAGUCGCGCUUGUGA